AUGGAGAAAGAGAGAACGUACUUUCCGGUUGCUCAGGAAGAGGAUGGCGAGGCGAUAGAGAGAGCAUCGUCGGACGCACCUACUCUCACAGACACACAUACCUUCAAACCACGAGCGCUUCACCGCAGACGAAGAGACUACGAAACGUGGGUGCAUUGGACGGCACACACGGUGCUCACUAUACUUCUUGUCGCCAGCGUCUUGACAUCCGGAUUUCGAGAAGCGAAGGACAGGAGCUGCAGCGACAGUGAUCAGCAAGAUGAUUCAAACCCAUUCAUUAGGCCCAGCGAAUCAUUCUACGAUGGCAUUGAAUCCCUUGCAAAAAUGCAGCCAUUUUAUUACGAUCGCGAACCCCACAUCGAUCCACUUCAGGAGAAGUGGAAAGGGCAUCCGAACGAGGAGAAUGAUGACCUAUGGGCAACGCUGAGUUCCGGUAAGUCAUGUCUUGGAAGUAACCAUUCGAGACUAUCUGCUAAGCCUAAGGGAAAUCGCAGUGGGCUUCGUGAGCAUUUCGGCGGAUGA